ACCGCGCGCCGGAUCACAGAUGGACUUCCACUGCCUUCAGCACUCCCACCCACACCAACCUGGACCACUCUAAUCAAACGCAGCCUCUUCAACACCGACAGCAAGCUCCUUAUUCUCGCGCAGGGAGGAGAGCGGGCUGCAGCUGACCUUCGCCAUGCAGCAUUACGGGGUGAACGGCUACUCUCUGCACGCCAUGAACUCAUUGAGCGCCAUGUACAACCUCCACCAGCAGGCGGCGCAGCAGGCACAACACGCGCCGGACUACCGGCCCUCAGUGCACGCUCUCACCCUCGCAGAGAGACUGGCCGGCUGGACAUUCUCAGACAUCAUCCUGGAGGCCCGUUACGGUUCUCAGCACAGGAAGCAGCGCAGGAGCCGCACGGCCUUCACCGCUCAGCAGCUGGAGGCACUGGAGAAAACCUUCCAGAAAACACACUACCCUGACGUGGUGAUGAGGGAGCGACUCGCCAUGUGCACCAAUCUGCCUGAGGCUCGAGUACAGGUGUGGUUUAAAAACAGGCGGGCGAAAUUCCGUAAGAAGCAGCGCAGCCUGCAGAAAGAGCAGCUCCAGAGACAGAAGGAGGCGGGGGCUGAUGCAGGCCAGGAGGCAGAGAAAGGAGAAGCCCCACCCACAACCACAUCAGAGUCCCAAACACCUCCUCCUUCCUUGUCAGAAGGAACUCCCACUCUAACUGCAGGUGAGCUCACUGAGGAGGUGAACGUGACCUCACCUGAGCAGUCGGGGGUGGAGUCAGGAGCAGAGGAUUUGACUGACAGAGAGGACGAGCCGCCGUGUUUCGGAGGGGAGGUGAAAGCAGCCGGCCAACAGUUACCUGGUGAGAGUUCGCCAUCCUGCAAGCCACCGAGUCCAAAAUCAGACUCUCCUCUCAGCUCCCCAUCCCUGCCGUCCUCCAGCGGGGUCAGCGGCAGCGGUUUGGCUCAGAGUAACUCCUACGCCUCGUCUCCACUCAGCCUCUUCCGUCUGCAGGAGCAGUUCCGCCAGCAUAUGGCUGCCACCAACAACCUGGUGCACUACCCGUCCUUCGACAUGGCCUCCCCCUCCUCACUACCCUACCUGGGCAUGAGCGUAAACAUGGCCGCCCCACUGGGGUCACUGCAGUGCCAGUCCUACUACCAGUCCCUGUCACAGGCCCAGCAGAUGUGGAGCAGCCCUUUGCUUCAGGCCACAGGAACGCUACCCAGUAUUAACAGCAAAACAACCAGCAUUGAAAACCUGCGCAUGAGGGCCAAACAGCAUGCAGCUUCACUUGGCCUGGACACAUUACCCAACUGACCACAGCAGACAGACACUAAUCAUCUACGUACAAGGAUUGAAUGCUACUUGUCUGAAGGAAGGACUGGCUCCUGUGUUACUUUGGUCUGAUUUAAGCACUAUAUGUCAUUUUGGACACUUUACUCCAGUGCAGCUAACACGACAAGUUCAUCAUAGUAUUGGAACUGGAUGCUGCUACACUAAAAACGUAGGACUGGUUUCUGCACUAAGCUGUUGUCACAGCUGUGUGGACUUUCCCAACGCCAUUUUCUUCCCUGGGGGACAUGCAAAAAUCUGAGGUUAUCUGGCAUCGGAGGGAACAUACAGUCUAUUGAACAUCUAGCUAGCUAAUGUUGGCUAGGGGCAGGUCCUUCAACGCUUCUUUCAGAAAGAAGAUACCACAGCGUUCACUCUCGUCCUUCAUUAGCUCACGAUUUCACACUUGGCAGAUGUGCAGGGUUAUAGUUCGCCUAUAUAAACUCAGCACCGAGCAAAAUUUACCUCUGAAGUCGGCGUCAUGCCCAUAUUUGGAACUCCAGGUCCUAAAUCUGAUGUGUUUUGCCGUACAUACGUUUUUUUAAGGUCAGACAACAAGAAAGAGUUGAAUUAUGAAUAUUGAUACACGCAAGCUAACUGUGCGCUAAAAUUCACACCAAAAGAUUGGCAACUGCAGUAAGUAGUUAAGCAGUAGUUAAGCUGCUUUAGCAGCAAUAGACUACAGGUUGAGUAGCUGGUGUUGUUACAGUAUGAUGUUGAAGCUUAGUAGUAAUGUUAAUUCAUUGCGUUAGCCUAGUGUUAGCUUGCUUGUAGCAUGUGCGUAGCAUCAUUCGUAUUUUGAAUGCUAAAUGACCUCGUUUUUCAGAAGAUGCAGUGGGGGAGAAAUGUAUGCAAGACAAAACAUGUCGGUUUUGGGACAUUUUUUGGGGCAAGACAAAUUCAGAGGUCUAUUGAUUGCUAAUGGAAGCCAAUUCCUAUUAUCAGUUCUGGCAAUAUUUCCAUUGUGAUCUAUAUUAUAUAUAUAUAGAUUUUUUUUUCCAUCUUAUCUUGGACACUCUACCCAACUGACUCCAGAGCAGUUAACAGAGGCAAGAACUACAAAUUCAUCUCAGCACUGCAGUUGAAUGCUGGUUUCUGCCGUCUGAAAUCAGCUCAUCUCCAUGAUCUCACAGUUGAGCAUCUACAUACCCGCCCUGCUGAAUGGAGGGCCUCAAUGCCCUCAAUUGAAAUAAGCAUUUUUUUUAAUGUGUUUGAGCCAAGCAUUAGUUUAGAAGCUGUCAAACAACUGCAUAUCUGUAUUUUACCCAUGCACACCUACUGCAGAACGCUGACAUUUCUAAAACAAUCCAAAAAGCCAUUCAACUGACUCUGUAAAUACACGACAGUGUUUCAGUGCCAAGAAUUUCAGAAGGACACUUCACUUACUCGUUUAUUCUGUCACUUUGUGGAUGUUUUCUGAUGUAAGUGACAAACUGGGACGUAUCACAGACCACAGACAGAAAAAAAACAAAGAAGAAUCUUAACCUAAAUGGACUAAAGUAACAGUGUAUGAUAAUCCUAAAUGUUCUUGUAUUAUGUUAUGUAGAUAUUUCCAUUUUGGACUUUUCUCUGGAUUGUUUACGUAAAUGUGAAUAACUUAUCUGUGAGAUGCAAGGGAAUAAACCACAUAUAUGAAAUGCAUUGGUAACAAAUUUAAAUGUUUGAUUU